UUUCUGCGGGAAGAUCUGAACUAUCACGAUCCAACCGUCAAACACAGCACGUUCCACGGAGAGGACAAACUCAUCAGUGUGGAGGAUCUGUGGAUCACGUGGAAGGCCUCUGAGGUGUGUAAUUGGACGCUGGACGAGGUGGUCGAGUGGCUGAAGAACUACGUGGAACUGCCGCAGUACGAGGAGACGUUCAGGAAGCUGCAGCUCAGCGGUCGGGACAUGCCCAGGUAAGAGACCGCCUCUGAC